CUCUAUCUUUCUCACUUCUCAGACGCAACACUCACUCUCUCAACUCCCUCUCCCUCACGCUCGGCGAACAACACGAACGGCUUCAGAGUUUGUUGAAACCUCUCUCCCUGUGACCCCGCCACCUGACGCGCCGGAGAUCGCUGCAGGAGGAGCUCGAAAGUUGCACCGCAGUUGUGGGUUUCGAAGCUUUUUCGGACCUCCACCGUCGUCCAAACUAGAUUCCAAGGGAAUGGUUGUGCUCCGGACACCGAGAGGAUGAAAAGCCACCAAAGAAUCUGGGCUCAUUAUAUUAAAUCUAGACGAUGUAAUACCGCCAGAGCUGUUCUUUCUUUAGAGUCCUCAUACAAAUGGGCUUUAAGUGGUACUCCUCUUCAGAACCGUGUUGGAGAACUUUACUCUUUGCUACGCUUUCUACAAAUUGUUCCAUAUUCCUAUUACUUCUGUAAGGACUGUGAUUGCAGAGCUCUUGAUCAUAGUUCCUCAUCACAAUGUCCAAAUUGCCCUCAUAAAUCUGUUAGACAUUUUUGUUGGUGGAAUAAAUUUAUUGCUACACCUAUACAAACAUAUGCGAAUUAAGACCCUGGGAAAAGGGCGAUGAUGUUGCUAAAACACAAAAUUUUAAAGAAGGUAGUGCUGAGAAGAACUAAAAGAGGGAGGGCUGCUGAUCUUGGUCUUCCUCCACGAAUUGUAUCAUUGAGGAGGGACGUACUGGAUAUCAGGGAGCAGGAUUAUUACGAGUCAUUGUAUAAUGAGAGUCAGGCACAGUUUAACACAUAUGUUGAAGCAGGAACAAUUAUGCAUAACUAUGGUCACAUUUUUGACCUUCUCACACGUUUGUGUCAGGCAGUUGACCAUCCUUACCUUGUGGUAUAUUCUGCAACUUCAGCAAUGAGAAACACAAACAAGGUGGAAAUCGAUAAUGAAGAGCGCAUAUGUGGCAUUUGUCAUGAGCCAGCAGAAAAUCAUGUGGUUACCUCUUGUGAACAUGCUUUUUGCAAAGCUUGUUUGAUUGAUUAUGCUGCUUCCUUGGGACAAGUCUCAUGCCCUUCUUGCUCGACACUGCUUACUGUUGAUUUGACAGCAAUUGCAAAUAAUGGGAAUCAGACCAGUAAAACUACAAUAAAGGGCUUCAGGGCAUCAAGUAUUCUAAACAGAGUUCAACUUGACAAUUUUCAAACAAGCACAAAAAUUGAGGCUUUGGUAUGUAUAAUUUUAAUAAAUCAUGUAUUGUCUUUGAAUUCUUUAGUUCAUGUGACCAUGUUCUAUGUAUACCUAAUAGGCAUGCUGCUACGUGAUUUGACAAGUAUUCAUGUAUAUAGUCUCAAUAAAAAUACUUGCCAUAGUUUUUGUCAUCCUGGCUUUAUUCCCCUUUUCUGGGUUUUCCCUUCCUUUUCCCUUGACCUUCUACAAGCAGUAUUUUUCGUUUUCGUGUUACUUGGUGUUGACGAUGAGAACUCAUCAACGAAGUUAGGUCUUAAAAAUCGAAGCUCAGUAAGAGAAUGA